CGUGUGGUUCAAGAGGUUGGACAGAGCGUUUGUCUCAGAAGAAUAGGUAUUACAAUUACCAGGAUCCAUGAUUCAUCAUUUAUCGGAUCAUUGUGCACUUUUGUUUGUCAUCGAGGACAUUAAGAGACCAGGUAAAUCGGUGUUCCGAUUCGAUGUUCGAUGGGGAGAAAAUCCUGAGGUCCGGACAAUGACCAAAUUUGUUUGGGAAUGGAGUUUGAGGGUUCUCCUAUUAAACACUUGCCCAAUUUUGCACCCGGUCGUUGGUUAAGUUUGGCGAUCAAUUGGGAAAUAUGUAGUUAGAGUCGAGUCACUCCUUCUCAAACUCCAUCAUAAUCUAUUGCAUGUAUUGCAAAAUUUGUGGAGGCGCAUUAGAGACAACACUGCAUGUGCUCCGGUACUGGCGUACUGCCCGUUUGCCAGAGCAACUCGGGCCGCUUUCCUGUAGGAAGAAUCAGAUGAUGACUUUUUGGGACUCAACUUCGAAGACUAGAUGGUGCACUACAUUACUAGGAGUAGUCGAGCUAUUGAUAGUACCCUCUUUGCUGCUGCUUGUUGGCUUCUGUGGAAGAACCGGAAUAGCUACUGUUUUCACGGUGAAUUGCAGUCUUAUACUCAAAUCCCAUUUUUACUCUGCAUAAUUGCGUCAACAAAUCAUUACCUUAGGGAAGGAGGACCAGGUCAUCGGAUCCAGGUGACUCCGAAGAUCGCAUUUUAUCAAUUGGCAGUCACCUCACCCAGGUUGGACCUGGCUGAACACGAACGAAUUAGUGACCCAUCCUCCUUCCAAUAUUGUGGCUUGCGGUAUCGAGACGAUGACAACUUCAUAAUAACUUUCACGUUGAACCUUGGAGGGGGGGGGGGGGAUUCAAUUACUAGUGGAGAGUUAACUGAAAUUUGCAUGGAUCGAAACUCACUUGGGAGGCUAGAGUUGGAGAGGUUCUUCUGCAAAAUGAAUCGAUCAUGACCAUAUCUUUUAUUGAGUCGGCCACUCAUCUUCACUACAAAAUUGUCGGUGAGAUUUGACGCUGGCUCGCACGAGAUUGACAGGUUGACAUUGUGCAUGUUUAUAGGGAGGCGAACAUUGUCGCAAAUUACUUAGCCAACCUAGGCCACUCUUUUUCUGUCGGUUUCCAUUCUAUUGUUGCAACUGAUAGUGCGUUGUUUUGUUUGUUGUACCAUGACGUUAUUGGGAUUCAAACAACCCAUUUGGUUCCGGAAGAAGGGUUGGGAUGCAUUUUAAGCGCUCCGCAUUCUCACCAAGAAGAAAAAAAAAAGAGCCUCAAGGACAUAGACCUGGAAUCCAACAUUGAAAUGUACCUAAUAAAUGUUUAUGGAGUUUAUAAAAAAAGAAAAUAGAUGUUUCUGGAUUCAAAUGUGAAAAUAAAUAUCUCAAGUACUAAAAUGCUGGCCAAAAUUAUCUAGGGGUUGCAAGGGAAACUGUAUUUCUUUCUUUAAAAAGGAAAGAGGCUCAGCGUCGACUGAAACUGACAGGCAGUUGACGAUCAAUUCCUCCCAGAUUAAAAGAAUUAUUAUUUUUUUAUUUCCAUUCAACUGCCCACCUCCACUCCUUUCCUUUUCGAUCAUCAUACAAUAAAUAAAUAAAUAAAUAAAAAUAAAAACUAUCACUCUCUCUCCUCCUUUCCUCUCUAUUUAAUACCCUCCCAAAUACCACACUAUAUUCCCAUUGUUCGAUCCUUGUACGUUGCGGCUUCUCUCUGCCAUUUCCAUUAGCUUCUCUCUGUCUCUGUUCCAUUCGCCUUCGUUCAACUCUCUGCCUCCAUUGAUUUCGGGUAAUGUAGUUUGAUUGUUGUUGUUUUCUUGCUUCAUUUUCGCAUUUCCCAAACUCCCUGCCUUUCUUUCGUGCUUGUGUUCUGUUGAAGAAUGCUUCGACUCUCCCGGCGCUUCGCCGUUUUCUCUUCCCCUCCGCUUCCCCUAAUAAUUGUAUAUAGUGCCAAUGGGUUCGCCAUUCCCUAUUUGCGUCUGCCAAGGGAUAUGCCAAAGUUUGAAUCUUUAGGGGGGGAUUCUUCUCUUUCCCCUCUCAAUGCUCUGCCAUAGAACCUACGUCUUUCCCUUUGCUUGAUCCAACUCCAGAAAUUGCGUUUUCCUUCUUCCAAAAAUUUGGUGUGUUAUAAACUCAAUCGAGAUCACCCCACAUUUCCUCUUCCAUUUCUUAUAUCUCUCUCCUCUCCCCCACUGUUAAGAGUUAAAAGUUGCCCAUUUUCUCUUCUAUCUUUUGAUUGCAUUUUCUGGUAAUAGUGUGCUUCCGGAGGUCCUCUAAUAUGAUUUUGGAUUGAUUACAUCUCCGUCUUUCCUUCCAGUUGAUUUGCUUUGCUGGGUCGGUUUGGAAUGGGAAUGCAGAUUAGAUUACGGAUGUUUUAUGUAAUGACCCCUAUUAUGUUUCGCUUGAUUUGUUCUUGCAGUAGUUGUUUUGUUCCUAUCCUGAAGAAGAAACGAAAUGGAGUACGGAGAUGGUGAUCAGCAGCAUAACGGUCUCAGCCAGAAAUACGAUUGUCUCCUAUUCGAUGUGGAUGAUACACUAUAUCCAUUGAGUUCUGGUCUGGCGCCACAAGUUGCAAACAAUAUUCAAGAUUACAUGACUGAAAAGCUUGGCAUCAUGGAAAAUAAGGUCCAAGAGUUGUGCCUAUCACUCUAUAAAUACUAUGGCACCACAUUAGCUGGCCUCCGGGCAAUUGGCUAUAAAUUUGAUUACAAUGAUUUCCACAGCUUUGUACAUGGACGAUUGCCUUAUGAUACCUUGAAGCCAGACCCGGUUUUCAGGAACCUCUUACAGAGCUUGCCCAUCCGCAAAGUGGUGUUCACCAAUGCAGACAAAGCUCAUGCGGACAAGGUACUGCACAGGCUGGGACUGGAGGACUGCUUUGAACAGAUCCUGUGCUUCGAGACCUUAAACGAUUCCACCAAAGGGAAUGAUGCCGUGGAAGACGAAGAAGCAGCUGAAGUCUUCGACAUCAAUGAGUACAGUGCUGCUCCAAGCGUUGGCAUAUCUCUCCCCAAGUCGCCUGUUGUCUGCAAACCUUUCGAGGAAGCUUUCGGAGAGGUCUUCAAGAUUGCAUCCAUCAACCCUCAUCGAACGUUGUUUUUCGACGACAGCCUUCGUAACAUCCAGACGGGGAAAAGAAUGGGACUGCACACUGUGAGGGUUGGCACUUCCAAUCGAACUGAAGGUGCGGAUUACGCCCUGGAGAGCAUCCACAACAUCAAGGAAGCUCUGCCAGAGCUGUGGGAUGCAGCAGCCACUGAUAAAACAGAUGGGAUGAGAUACUCCAAAGAAGUUGCUAUUGAGACCGAAGUGAAGGCCUAGGAUUUUGUUUGUACUUAGUCUGGAUCUAGCUAAUGAUCCACCAGCCUGCUACCCCAUUAACAAAGUGCCGCCUAAUUAUUGUUAGAACCUGUAUCUUUCGUCUUUAGCAGUUUAUGUCAACCUUCUCAAGGUUUUGACUUUCCUUCAGCUGUAUGGAUUAUGGUAAAAUGGCUCGUAGAAGCUUUAGCUUGCAGUCCAUUUUGGACUCUUAUGUACAAUCUAAACUUCUAUUAUUAUCAUUAUUAACAUGAUGAUGAUUAGUACUAUUAAUGCCAUUAAUAAUAUAUAUCAACUGAAAUUCGUUCCUAAAUUUACGUCAAGAAAAUGCCAAAUACUUCAGACUUCUGUUCUGUAAGAUUAAAGAACUCUGCCAACUACUUGAGACUUCUUUAAGAUUAAAGAACUCUGGAUGUA